GCGGUGCCCGGCUGCCACCGCGCCGAGGGCCGCAGCAGGAUGUAUAAAGGUUAAGUGCCAAGCGCCAAAAUGAGCGUGACUUCGUGGUUCUUGGUGAGCAGCACUGGCAUUCGCCAUCGGCUCCCUCGGGAGAUGAUAUUUGUUGGCAGAGAUGACUGUGAACUGAUGCUCCAGUCCCGCAGUGUGGAUAAGCAGCACGCUGUAAUCAACUAUGACAAGGAGAAGGAUGAGCACUGGGUGAAGGAUCUCGGGAGCUUAAAUGGAACGUUUGUCAAUGAUGUGAGGAUUCCUGACCAGAAGUACAUCACCCUGAAACUGAACGAUGUCAUUCGCUUCGGCUAUGAUUCGAAUAUGUAUGUCCUGGAACAAAUUCAACACAAAGUCCCAGAAGAAGCAUUAAAGCAUGAGAAGUACACCAGCCAGCUCCAGAUGAAUUACAAAGGCACGGCCAUGAAGAGGGCGGAGCAGCCCAUGGAGCACAGUGUCUACACAGAGUCCCCACAAGCCAAGCUGGAGAAAGGAGAGAGGAAAGCAAUUACAGAAACGAAUACUUACCGCACUCCGCUCUAUGGGCAGCCCUCCUGGUGGGGGGAAGAUGAUGCAAAUAACAAGGAGGAGAGAAGGCAAGAGGAACAUUACUCAGAGAGAUCAAAAGAGAUAACCCAACAUGAAGAGGAACUGAAUGGGAAUAUUUCUACUUAUAGAGAUGCCCAAGAACAAUCUGUGUUUGCCUUCCGGAGAGAGCCAAGUUAUUUUGAGAUUCCAACUAAAGAAUUUCAGCAGCCAUCAAAAUCUCCAGAAACCCAGGUCCAUGAGAUCCCAACAAAGGAUGUUGAUGCUGUGGUAGCCCCUGUGGUACAGAGUCAUGCCUCUUUCACCAUUGAAUUUGAUGAUGGUACCCCUGGUAAAAUAAAGAUAAAAGACCAUGUAACUAAAUUUUCACUCAGACAGAGAAGACCCUACAGUAAGGAACCGGCUCAUACAGAAGUGAUGUCAGCAGAGAGCAAAGUGGCUGACUGGCUUGUCCAGAAUGACCCAAGCCUGAUGAGAAGGCAGUCUGCAGGAGAUGAUGUUUACAGUACCAAGAGUGACCUGCCAGUUCAUGUAAGGACGCUUAAAGGUUCCUGGUCGUUGACUGAAUCGUGUUGUGUGCCUUCACACCUGUUUCCUUCUCCAAAAAAAGGAAACAGGCACGAGGACGGAACGCAGAGCGACACCGAAGACCCCAAGGCGGAGAAGGAGACGACGACAACGACAGGUGGGGAACGUCCAACAGAGCAGACGAGGCUGCAGCGCCAGAUGAGGCGUGACCCCCACGAGAUGCUGCACAACAAGCAGGCCUUUGUCAUCGAGUUCUUCGAGGACACGCCACGGAAGAAGAGGUCCCAGUCCUUCACGCACAGCGCUCACUCAUCCCAGAGCGACACGGAUCCGGGGCUGAAGAACAAGGUUGAGAAGCGCAAGAAUGCGUUGCCAGCGGAGAAGCCGGGAAAUUCAGUGCCACCAUCCCACCUCGCAGCCCAGGCAGGCAAACCCACCACCAACUCCUGCGGGACCCAAAGAACGAGCUCCUUCAAGAGGGAGAAGACGGAGGACCGGAUCAACUCUUCAUCCUCCUCUGCUCCUAGAGCCAAAAGUUACGGGAGCGUUGGGAGGAAGUCAAAAAUGGCUCAGGAUUUUAUGGCUGAGUACCUGCGUGAAACUGCUCAGCCUGGGAAGCCAAACGCUGAGAAACCAGCCCCUGCGCCGGUGCCAGUAGCUCCACGCGUGGUUAUAUCCUCAGAACCAGAGCCUGCCUCUGCUCCACCUCCAGAGGCAAAGUCUGCUCAGGGCAGGAGGAAUGAUGAGGAAGACAGUGUAAGUGAGACAGGCACGUACACCAUUGAGACAGAGUCGCAGGACAAAGAGGUGGAGGAAGCACGAAAAAUGAUAGAUCAGGUUUUCGGUGUUCUUGAAUCGCCUGAAUUUUCCAGAAUCUCUUCAGCUUUUAGACCAAUAAUUAAAGGUGAAAAAGAUGAUUCCAGUUCUCAGCAUCUAAUCAGUGAAAAUGGCACUAGUCAGAAGUCAUCCUUGCUCCAGGCAUUUUCCUCAAAAGCUGUGAAUGGGUCUCAGGCUGAAGCACAGAUGUCUGCAGCAUCUCAAGGGAAUCAGAAGUGGGUGUCAAGGUGGGCGAGCCUUGCGGAUAGUUACUCUGACUCUGGAUCUGUCUCUGGGCAGGGUGAUGGAAGUGCAGAAAGUGGGGUACCCCCAAAACCUGGGGAACCAGAAAACUCUGUGCCCUCAAGAACAAGGCGCCUUCUUCCCCAACUCCCACCAAGUGAUAAAUCAGACAGCCCCACUCCCACGGUCCUGAUGUGUCAGGAGUCCUAUUCUGAGGUUACCAAGAGAACCAUUGUGAAGGAUCACUGUGUGGAAGCCUAUGGUGAUUCCAGCAGCCGCCUCUUCAUCCAAGAAGACCUGGAUCCAGAUAGCCUCAGCGAUGCCAGCAGAUCUGAUGAUGGCUUCAGCAUGGAAAAAGGCAAGAAAUAUAAAGAGAACAGCAAAAUGCUAGAGCAGAUGAGGGAAGACAAUAGAUCAGAGAGCCAGCAGCCAGGAGCCUCCCGGAUCUCUCACGUGAGAGCUGUGAGUGAGCCAGUUUCUACUUCGUUCUACAUUGGUGAUGACAGCAAUGAUGCAGGGGUUCCCUCCAAGCUCUCUCUGACUGUCUCCCACACUCGAGCAGACAAGGACAGCAAGGAUCCAGAGUUUUCCUUCAAGUGUGCUGGCGCACCAGUUCCUGGAAAGCCACCAGUCAAAGAUGUUAGUGCUUACAUAAAUACAGCUGGAAAAGUUGUCAUUUCCCUCCAUCAGAGUCUUCCUCAAGAUCAAGAAAACAUGUCAGGAAAGGAAACAGCGUCUUUUGUUAGACAGGAAAGUUUUACCAAAGAUAAAUCGAGCAGUGGUGUUCCUCAGAAUAAACUCCCACAUAUUUCAAGUCACCCUCUGCUUAAAGAUUUAGAAGCUGUUCGGUCAACUCGUAUGGACUUUAGUCAGGACACUCAUCUUCUGCUUAAGGACACUGAAACUGCCUUGGCAGCACUGGAAGCCAAAUUGCUUGGUCAAAGCCAACAGCUGGAGGCCUCAGAAGCUGCUGGUCAGCUGGAGGACUCCUUGUCAGGGGACUCAGAUGUCGACACGGCUAGCACAGUCAGCUUGGUGAGUGGCAAAAACGUCCCAGCAAGUGCCCCGAAACGCAAAGCAGUAGUGAGCUUGCAGAAGGAGAAAUCUUCCUCCACGCCAUCCAUCCAGGACCAGUGUGGGCAGCCCAGCGCACGGGACAGGCUGACGGAGAAGCGGAAAACACAAGUGCCAGAGGCACCAAACCGAGCAGAGGCCACCAAACGCUUCCAGAUGAAGCGGAGUUCUGGGACUCGAGGAUCACUUGACUUCACAGAUGACGAGAGAAGUUCAAACUCACCCUACCUUCCAGUCCCAGAUGCGGUUGUGUCUGACCACGAGCACUCGGUAACCCGGCCUGUUCCCAGGAGGAAACCUUAUACUCAGGCCACCAAGGAGGACCAGAGCAAAACGACCUCAAACGUGCAGAAAAUCCAGCAGGUUCUCACCCGGUCCAACAGUUUAUCCACCCCACGACCCACAAGGGCCUCAAAGCUACGCCGUGCCCGGCUGGGAGAUGCUUCAGACAACGAAUGCGUGGAUGCUGAGAAAACAGCCUCCAACUCGGACGCCGCUGCUCAGGGCACCAAGCAGCCCACGGAGACAAAGAAGCUCUCCCGGCUGGACAUCCUGGCCAUGCCCAGGAAACGAGCGGGUUCAUUUACAGUGCCCAGUGACUCGGAGACGGCGCAGUCGAGGACGGGGUUUUCAGGCCGCAGCGCGGAGUCCUAUCGGAAGACGGGCGUUUCGGAGGUGAGAGCUGCAGCCAGGAAAACGGCAGCCACUGCCUCUGCCAAGCAGCCUUUCAGCAGGACCCGUUCAAGCAGUGUCAAGUAUUCCUCCUCAUCAUCCUCAUCAAGGCGGAGACCACAGGGUUCAGAUUACACUUCUACUUCGGAGGAGGAAUAUGGCUCAAAUCACAGCUCCCCUAAACACAAACGCUCCCAUACUUCAACAGCCACACAAACACCGCGGAUACGUGGCUCUGGGCUGGGCAAGCAGAAGCUCAAUGGCAGAGAAACAGAUGACGAUGAAGAUUUUGAUGACAACCCUGACCCCUACAACUUCAUGGCGCAGACAGCAGAGAUAGCAGAAAUAGCCAGGCUCAGCCAAACCUUGGUGAAGGAUGUGGCCAUCCUUGCCCGAGAGAUUCAUGAUGUUGCUGGAGAUGGGGACUCACAGAGCUCCUCGGGGACGGGACCGAGCUCCUCCUUCAGCUCUGUGCCCAACACUCCGGCUUCCACCAUAUCCGCGAGGGAAGAGAUUGCUCGUAGAUCUUUUCGGCUGGCAUAUCCAUCUCAGUUGGUGCAGCACAUUCCAGAAGCAAGUCUGAACUACCAGAAAGUGCCUCCAGGAUCAGUGGAACUGAAGGAUUUUGACCAAAACAUGAACGAUAACAGAGAAGAGGAUCCCUCAAGAAAAACAAGGACAAGAAACCGUGAGGAGGUAAUCUUCGACAAUUUGAUGUUGAACCCAGUAUCCCAGUUAUCACAUACAAUCCGUGAAAACACGGAAAACCUCGCUGAAAAAAUGAAGAUUCUGUUUCAAAACUCAGAAAGGACCUGGGAGGAGAUGGAGGCCAAAAUCAAUUCAGAAAAUGAAGUGCCAAUUCUGAAGACGUCAAACAAAGAAAUCAGUUCUAUCCUGAAGGAGCUCAGGCGAGUUCAGAAACAGCUUGAAGUCAUAAAUGCUAUCAUUGACCCUACUGGAAACUUGGAUAUAGUUGCCAGUAACAAAGCAUCUUCUGCUGCUAAACAAUCUACAGCCACUAAAGUCAGGACUGCUAACAAUUCUGGGUCCACACUGGAGACUUUGUCCCUAGCACAGAUGAGAAACUACGCUCAGAAAUUGAACUGUGGGUCUUCUAGCUUACAAGAUUCGAAUUUCAUUCCAGAUGGAGAGAAAUAUGUGAUCUGAUACAGUAUUUUGUAUUGCUGUUAUACUGUAAUCUACUGUCGCAUUAGUAUUGUGUAUGAGUGGUUUGUGGACAGUUUGUGUGGAGCAGUUGUUUAGAUUGCUAACAUGUUGCACAAAAAAGAAAAAUCUAUGCUGUGAGGGUGAAUGGAAAGUCUGUGUAUGCCUUUUAAACAAGACUAGCACUGUGGAGCAGCACAUACUCAGCACAGAGGCAAACUGAUUUUUACAAAAUUACUCAUUCUUCCAGUGUGCCAUAAGAAAACAGGCUUUGCAUAUUUUCCAUUCAGUAUGCUGAGGCUAAAGUGUUCUUGCACUGGCCUGUUUAUAACUAUUCAGU